AAAUAGAUCAUCCUAGCUAGUUUAAAUCUAUAUCUGUAAAAUCAAAUUCACAGUCAAUCUCUGCAAGCAAUUGAACAUGGACACUCAGCUCUUUAUUGAAGGCAACAUUUUAACAGGAAGGGAUGCUCCACCUAGUCAUUACUUGUUCAAAAUCGAGUCUUUCUCUUUACUAUCUAAAGCUCCUCUACCAAAGUACACCUCAAACCAGUUUGAUGCAGGAGGCUACAAAUGGAAAUUGUCUCUCUACCCAUCCGGGGACAAGCAGAAAGAUGGGGAAGGUUUUAUCUCUAUUUAUUUGGCAUUAACGGAAACCAGUUCGUUCUCUUCCGGGUGGGAUGUGAACGUGGUUUUCAAUUUUUUCAUAUUAGAUCAACUUCAAAACAAGUAUAUUGUUGUACAAGAGUGGAUUGAAAGACGUUACCAUGCAAUGAAGACUGAAUGGGGAAUCACUAAAUUUAUAGACUUGGAAAUGUUUCAUAACCCUUUAAAGGGAUACCUUAUAGAUGACACUUGUGUAUUUGGUGCGGAGGUUUUUGUUGUCAAAAGCACUUUCAAAGGGGAGCGCUUAUCCAUGGUGAAGGAGCCUACUACUUAUUUCCAUACUUGGAAAGUUAAUAAUUUUUCGACUUUAUCUGGUGAUCAAUUUCAUUACUCUGUGUCAUUUGGAGACCAAAAAUGGCAAUUUGGUUUCAACCCUAGAGGAGUUGGAGAAGGCAAGGGCAGCUACAUUCCACUUUAUCUAUUUAUUCCUGCUUCAAGUAUUCCUGACAGUACUAAAUUGUUUGUGAAUUUCAUUCUACGUGUCAAAGAUCAAAUGAACGGAAAAGACUUUCUAUUUCAAAAUAACAUCGUGUUCCCUUGUCCGUUGUUUUCGAAGGCCCAAGAUGCAGAAAAAUUCAUGCCAUUGGCUAAAUUGAAGGACCGGAAACUGGGUUACUUGGUUAAUGACACUUGCAUCAUGGAAGCAGAAGUUACUUUGCUUGGUUUGAUAAAUUAAAAGUCUCUUAAUUAUGAUGAAACAUGUUGCAAUUACUUCUUUCAGAG